AUGGCAUCACCUUCUGGCACGACGUAUCUGUUCUCUCCGACAGAGCACACGCACUUGAUCCCCUACCUCGCGGCUCUCCACGCGCAAUGCAUCACGCACGACCGGUCCAUGCUCACCUUCCUCCCGCCGCUGUCGCACGACAAGCUUCUCGCCUGGUGGAAGGAGAGGAUAGCCGAAGUAUCGGCGGGGACGCGGCUCAUUGUGAUCCUGUUGGACGAGUCGGAGCCCGGAACGAAGCCGAAAGGCCGGGAGCUCAUGGGCGUCGUUAUGCUCGUCAUGCCCAUGUCCGAGACGGGACCGAUGCGCGGCUUCAUGGAGAAGCUUCUUGUCCACACCAAGUUCCGCAGGCGCGGUGCCGCCCGGGAGUUGUUGCAGCGGCUCGAGGGCGAGGCCGUUAGGCGGGGCAGGACGUUGCUGAUGACGGAUGCAGAGACGGGGAGCCCUGCGGAGGAGAUCUACAAGAAGUUCGGGUUCGUCGAGAUCGGCAAGAUCCCGCAAUAUGGCAUCAGCCCGAACAAUCCCUCGGGAGAGCUUCGAGAUGAGACCUUCUUCUACAAGCGGCUUGGCAUUUGA